AACUUCAGGUGCGCGGGCCAAUCCGCCGCUGGGAACAACUCCACCACCACCUUGUGCAGUUGUGCCGCCCGAGGCCCGACGCUUUUUUAAAAAACGCGGCGCCGAGUGACCGAGAAUCCCAAGUCCGCCUCCGCCUUCCUCCGCCCACGCAAGCGCACGGCGCGCGCACUCCCACGAAAAAAGAAAAAAAAGGAAAGUGAAGGAGAGGAAAAAAAAGCGAGCAAGUGGUAAUCGUAGAGCACGCCCCGACUGGGGAUGACGCGCGCCCGCCGCCAAUGGCCGCACCGCCGCAGACGAUAGCGCUCGCGGGGCUCAUGCUCCUCAACUUCGUCCUCGCCGUGGCAGCGCUCUGCCUUCACGUCCUUGGCCGACGCAGGCCUCGGCAGCAAGUCCCGUCGCCGCCGCCGCCGCCGCUCGAGCCGGCCGUCGCGGGGGAGGAAGGCGGCGGCGAGGAGAGGCCGCAGAACCAGCGGCGGAGGAGGAGGGCACGGAGGAAGCGGCAGCAGGAGGAGGAGGAGGAGGGGGCGGCGGCGGCGGCGGCGGCGGAUGGUGGUGGCCACGGCGCGGACGGGGACCGGGACGCCGCCGCGAAGGCGGCGGGGAAGGAGGCGCUGCUCCCCCGCCGGCCGCAGUUCCCGCUCGCCUCCGUGGCAGGCGCGCUGCAGCGGCGGAUCAACGCGCGGUACGACGACCUCGCGCGGGCCAGCGAGGCGCAGUGCCUCACCAUCGAACAGGUUAAUGAGUUUGUUAACAGUCUCAUAGAUGCUAGAAACGAGCUGCUGCAGAGGUAUGAGAAUGUAGAAAGAAGCUUCAAAAUAAAGAAGGCAAUGCUAUCCAACCAUCGAAACUAUAGGUCUUCAUAUGAACGGCUCUUUGAACAGGUACGCAGAUUGGAAACCGAGCGUGAUAACCUAAAGAAAGAUGCCGCCAUCUACAACUACAUUCAAGAGCGUCUUCAGAAGUCAGCAGCAUACAAAAUGAUCAUGGAGCUCGGUACUAUGGAGAUGGAGGCCCAAGAGAUAUCAUUCGAGGAGCUGCUGGCUAAGGAGAAGGAGGACACCGCCUUCUGGCAGCGCAACGGGAAGAUGAGAUCAUUCUCAUCCAAGUAGGACACAAUGUCCCUACCUGGGCUCACUGACGAUGGCAGAUCUCAACAUCGGUAGUCUAAACAUGAAAUCCUAGCCUGCUCCUUGAGAGCAGCUGCUGUAUGCGGUAUGCCUGCAUACCGUUUGGUGUAACGCUGCGCUCGUCUGACAAGAUGUUGGGCCCCUGUCACUCAGGAGUCUCCUGGCAUGAUUCUGGGCAGAUUAAUAAAAGAGCUGUGUCGUGAUAGUCGUCCCUGCCUCCCUGGUAUCACACUAUUCCUCACUAGGGCUUCUGGUGCCCGGCGAGUUCUGCAGUUGACGGCUCACUGCUGCUGUGGCCUUGUGCUCAGCUUGGCUGUGACGUGCGGUGAACUGACCAUUCGACUGAACAAGAGACGUGUGCGUGUUUGGAAUUCUGGAUACGUGGCUUCAGCAUUCAGGAUCUAA